AUGAACCUGGGGCAGUAUACAGCAACAAAAGAUGUUUAUUUUAGAACAAAGCGAUAUUUAAUAUUUCCUCGACAAGCUCCAACGAGACAUCAGUUUAUUGCUGGAAUUGGCAUUCCAGCUGAUCUUGACUAUGAAUCACUUACAGUGGGUUACGUUUUAAAAGCAGAAUUCUACCUUCCCUUUAAUGAAAGCGUAUUUAGGCAAAAUCCAUUAUUUCCUGAAUACAAAAAAAAAAGUUUCCAAAACGUUGGAAAGAAAUUAACUCUUACAAAGGACGGUUUUCGAUGGAAAAUGUAUGAUUUCAUGAAAAAAGUGCUUGACAGUUUUGGAUUUAACGGUCACGCCUGCUUAUUACAAAUUAUUUGCGAAGUGAAGAAAAACCGAUUCGCUACGGACUUUAACACUGCUGCCGAAAUUCUACUUUUACUUUUAAGUCCAUCUUCUACUUUAAACUCUUAUGCUGAGCAUGCUCAUGAUUUAAUAAUUGCAGAGAAAGAAGGAUUCUUUAAAAACUGUUCCAAAUAUGAUUGUAAUAUUAAGCUAAUCGAUUUAAUUUCAUUUUCCCUACGAAUUGACACUUAA